CACCUGAAGCCGACUAGAAGGAAAACGAAACUGUGUCGGUAAGUUUCGUUUUCCAAAGUAAAAGAUACCGAAGAGUAUAAAGAGAGGUCUGCAGAGCAAGUCAAACGUCGUUUCAUCUCAGCAGAAGAUUAUCGGACCUCCGACCAACAUGAGCAGAUCUACAGACUGGGUUCCAUCCUUGUGGAGGGAGACCUUUGAGGUAAUGCUGAACGAAGACAAUGAGCUGGACUAUGGAGACAAGUGGAAUCUCAACUUUAGCUAUGUCCAGACAAAAUAUGUCACCCAGGAGGAGAGAAGGAGAGGCUGGAAGAUCUACUGCCACAGUGUUUCUGGAAACUUUCAGUGUGCUUCUUGCCACAAGAUCUGGUCUUCAGCACGGGUGUCGUUGUUGUUCCGUUAUCGGCUGCAACGUGACCGGGGGUCAGUGAUCAUGAGGCCCUUCGGACAGGCCUGUCUCAGUUGCCAAGACAAUACUUUUCAUCGCCCUGGUUUUUCCGAGGAAGAGCUGGAAGAAUCCUUGCUCAGACUGUUUGCCAAAAUCCGGAAGAAUUGUUACAAAGAUGGGGACGACUACGAUUGUGUUGACAGUUCAAAAAAAACCAAAAGGUUUACCAAACCUCAUGAGGCAGACUUGUGUGAGGCCUGCCAACAGGGCAUCUGCUGUCAGUCGGAUGAGACAGAUGCAGAGAUAAACUGACAGUGGCUGGCAAUUAACACAUUUUGUAAUUAAUGUUGUGAUUUUUUUUGUUCCAUCAAUAAUAUGAAUAAUAAUAAUUAUAUAUUAGCGUCAGCACCAAUAGUAAAAUCGUUCCAGUAAAUAUAUUUACAUUUGUAAUUUUUUGUGUGACUAUUAAUAAAUAAAGUAUUGUGUUUCAACAUG